UCACUUAGCUGUCCACCGUGGCUGCUUAAUCGAGGCGCUGUGGCCGCUGCUUCCGCCCUAAACCAGGUUUUCUCAUUGUUGAUUCUGCGUCACUCGCAGGAAAGAAAGCCCAAGACAUGCCGGUCCCGCGCGGAGACACAAGUCAGGCCCUCCGAGCAGAAGGUGCUACCACCACCACCAUGGACACAAUGGCAGCCGUCAUCGAAGACGGCGUUGUGAGGUCGUCCGUUCAGGACAUGUACAUUCCGGACGUAGACCUCGGCACUUUCUUCAGAGGAUGCUGCAGGAAGUACAAGGAUCGCAUUGCCAUGGUGGACGACGCCACGGGAGAGACACACUCGUACCGGCAGCUGGAGGACACGUGUCGACGUGUUGCGGCUGGUCUGCGGAACCUGGGCUUCCAGGCGGGAGACCUUGCGGGCAUCCACAGUGGUGUCCACGCCGACCUGAUCAUCGCCUUUUAUGGCACUAUUCUCGCCGGUGGCCGUAUGGUCUUCGCCAAGGGCAACUUGACAAAGCGCGAAGUGCAGUACCAGUUCGCGGACUCUGGCCCCAAACUCAUCUUUUGUGAUGACGCAAAUGCGGAAAAGACAAAGGCUGCUUGUGAAGAUGUGCCGACUAUCAAGACGCUGGUAACGUUGGGUCAAUACGAAGGCAUGAUCCGCUUCUCGGAGCUCAAGGGAUCACCUACUGGCUAUUCGGCUGCUGGCAUUGACCCCCGAAGUGUGCUGGCCAUCAUGUAUUCGAGCGGCACGACAGGACUGCCAAAAGGUGUCAUGGUGUCACACCGAAAUUUCAUCGCUCAGAUCCUUGCGUCUGGGGACGCAGGAGCACGCCUUAUCGCUGCCAAUGACAUAAUGCUUGGCACUGCCCCUUUCACUCACGUAUCCGGCCUCUGGCUCUACGGCUGCUGCUUCGAAGUUGGCGCCACUGUAAUUAUCAUGGCCCUCUCUGACCCUGUGUCUGUUCUCAAGGCCAUCGAAAGGCACAAGGCUACAGUGAUGCUGCAGUUCCCGACAUUUGCGCAGAAGUUAGUGCAGUGCAAGUGCAUCGACAACUACGACGUGAGCAGCAUGAACAAGUUCCUAAUUGGUGGCUCCACUACUCCCGCCAUAGUGGCACAAGGCAUUAUUGACAAGUUCAAGUUGAAAGCUUUCCGCCACGUUUUCGGCAUGAGCGAAACCUGUGGUGGUGUCACGGUUACCCCAGCCGGCAUAGAUGACUACGAGAGCGUUGGAAAGCCCUUUCCAAUGACGCACAUAAAGGUCGUCGAUGUGAAAACUCGCGAUAAGCUUGGACCUCGCGAGCACGGCGAAAUCUGCGUGAAAGGCCCAUACUGUUGUCUCGGCUACCUGAACAAGCCUGAGGCGACAAGGAAUCUUUACGACGAUGAUGGCUUCAUUCAAACAGGGGAUAUUGGCUACUACACCGAGAGCGGCAAACUAUUCGUCGUGGACCGCAUAAAGGAGCUGAUCAAGUGCAUGGACCAGCAGGUGGCACCAGCGGAACUUGAGGACUUACUCGUGCAGCAUGAAGCCGUCAAGGAGGCGGCCGUGACCGGUGUUCCUCACCGCGAGUAUGGAGAAGCUGCACGGGCCUUCGUCGUGCUCUUCCAGGACGACGCGGCUACCGAAACACUCAAGAAUGAGCUCGCAAAGCUGGUUGCUGACCAAACGGCUUUUCAUAAACAUCUCCACGGAGGCAUCGAGUUUGUGACGAACAUUCCGAAAUCUGAUACAGGAAAGAAUCUUCGAAGAGCACUGAGGGAUUCUUACCAGAAGAACAACAAAAUCGGUGCAAUUUAACUCGACAGUUUCCUGCAUGUAUUUUUUUUCUACGGAGCUUUCAAAAGCUUUCAUGAUUUCUUCGUGGAUGAACGUGCAGCCUCAUCUACUCCCGCCCGAAGCUGGUUCGAAGGCAUCUUUUAAAGCACGCAGCCAAAAGGCAACUGAAGGUUGCUUUUAAGAUAAUCCUUUUGAGCUUAUACUCCGGCUCCUAUCAAACAUUAUAUUAUCUGCUUCAGGGACAAUGAUGAUGUCGCGAAAGCAUUUUUUUACGAUUUCACGUUAGUAUUAUCGCCUGUUGUGCAGUACAUAUUUGUAUGGAAUUCUUGUUAAUAAACCA